AUGGAGUCGACCGGUUACCUGCUCCUUCUGGCGCUGGUUGCCGUGCAGGCACAUGCCAGCCUAUUCUAUUGGGACGAAAAUUUCCAGAGGUCCUCAGGUAGUAGUUAUGGCGAGUGGAUGACGGAUGAACAAAAGGCCGAAGUUGCACAGGUCACAACAGAGGAAGAAAUAGAUGAACUCAAGGAAGUGGAGAUUAAUGGCAACAGGGAAGACCUCAUUGAAAAAAUAUAUUCCUAUAAGACACGCCUUACUCCGGAAGUUCAGGAGAAAGUGGGAAUAUGGAGAGAUGAAUGUCAGAGACUUCUGCGGAUUCCAUCCCGUAGACGCCGCGAUCUUGACAAGAAUUUCGAGGAGUUCACAUCCUGGAUGACCGAAGACCAGAAAAAAACGAUUAGCGACUUGAAAGAUUCUGGCAAAUCAUAUGACGAACUUCGCCAAAAAACGAUCGAAUUUUUCGAAGCGCUUCCUGCAGAACGCCAGGAGACGCUAAAGAACGAAUUCAAAGGAAAAUGCAAGGCGUUUUUCAAAAAAAUCGCCACUGCUGAAGAGAUGGACAAGAUGAAAGAAUUACAUGAUGCCGGCAGUGACGACGAGGUGCGCACAAUUAUCAAGGAAGUCAUUGGUCGCCAAACUGGACACGACAAGGCGCUGGCGGUGAAAAUGGAAGCGCUGUGCGCUGAUGUGUUUUCAAAAAAGACAAAGGCGAAGAGGGAUAUUGAUGAGAAGAUCGAUAGAAGGCUUCCAUGGAUGACAGCCGAGCAGAAAAUGGUAUUGAAACAAAUGUAUGCUGAUGGUAAGCCACAUGCGGAAAUUCGUGCUAAGAUCUUCGAAUUCUUGAGUAAACUAGAAGGUCCAGCAGGUGCAGCCGCAAAGGAACAGACGCGAAAGGAGUGCUAUAAGUGGAUGGAUGAUGUGGCCACUGAAGAAGAAAUUGCUGCUCUCCACAGAAUGCAUGAAACCGANCACGAAGGGUGCAAGAAGAAAGUGCGCGAGUUUAUCGAACGUCUUCCUGAAAAAAAGAAGGAGGAUGUGAUGAAAAAUCUUCCAUUCUGCGAAAAAAUCUGGUACGGUGAUCACCAACAUCACGAACAUCACGGCCACCAUCACCGUCGUCGUCAUGUUACAGUCAGACGUCGCCGACAUUUGCACGCUAUUGACAAAUUCCUUCACUGGUUGACUCCUGAUCAAAAGAGCGAGCUGGAGGGAAUGGAGCAAGAUGGAUCUCACUUCGACAAUGUUAUCGCAAAAGUGAAGGAGUUCUUUGGCCUCCUUCCCGAAGAGAAGAAAGCCGAAUUGAAAGCAAGUUUCAAGGAUCAAUGCUCAGCCUGGGUAAAAGAAGUCGCGACACCAGAAGAGAUGGCAGAGAUAAAAAAGAUGCACGAGACGAAAGAUCACGCCACGUUGAAGAAAAAAGUCAUGGAACUUGAGGAAAGGCUUACCGAAGAACAGAAGCACACUGUUGAGCACGUGCGCGACGUGUGCUACGGUGUAUGGGAACUGCAACAGGGUACUAGAAGACGGCGUGAUCACCAUGAACAUAACAUAGAGGAAGGUAUGCAGAAGUUCCUAACUUGGCUGACAGAUGAUCAGAAGAAAAAGGUCAAGGCAACGUAUGAGAGCGGUGAUCGAGAAGCUUUCUACAAGGAGAUUAUGGAAAUGUAUGAAGCGUCGAGCGGUGAAGUAAAAACAAAGGCAGGCGAGGAGCUGAAGGCGGCUUGUAAACACUAUGGAAAGGAUCUACUUGGUGAAGACAAACUGGCGAUUAUUAAGGAGAUGAAAGAUAGCGGAGCAAGCCAUGAAGCUAUUGCACAAAAAGUUGAAGAAAUAGUUGAAGAAAUAAGCGAUCCCGAACGGAAAGCAAAAGCCAAACGUUUUACGAUAGCAUGUAAGAAGAUCUAUGGCAGCGUUCGAACCCGCCGAGAUCACCCUCAUCCCAUCACACUGGAGGAAGCUCUCCACAAGUAUCUCACGUGGCUGAACGAUGAUCAAAAAGCAGAGCUGAAAUCACUGAAAGAAAGCGGUGACAAGGAGGGCAUUUACAAGAAAGUCAUGGAAUAUUUUGAACAUACAAGUGGAGAUAAGAAGGAAAAGGCUGCAGAGGAACUACAAGCCGCAUGCAAGCACUACAUCAAAGAGAUACUGGGAGAAGAAAAAGCUGCCAAAUUCCGUGCCAUGAAAGAAAGUGGGACUCACGUUGAUGAAAUUGCCAAAAAAAUUGAAGAAGCCAUAGAAGAGCUCACAGACGACACGGUGAAGACGAGGGCUAAGAAGGCAUCAGCAGCAUGCAAACGCAUUUUCGGCCUACAUCAUCGUUUCCGAAGAGACCAUCAUAAUGAGCAUAAACUUGAAGAGGCAAUGGAGAAAUAUCUGUCGUGGUUGACGGAUGAACAAAAGGAGAAGGUCAGGUCGGUUUAUGCAGAAGGGGGCAGAGCUGCCGUGUACGAGAAAGUAAUGGAGUACUACGACGAGGCCACGGGUGACACAAAGGAGGAAGCGACAAAGGAACUGAAGGGAGCAUGCAAGCACUAUAUUAAGGAUCUUAUAGGAGAAAAGAAUGGGGAGGUGAUCAGAGAAAUGAAAGAAAGCGGGGCUUCAAAUGACGCCAUUGCGACAAAGGUCGAAGAGAUGAUUGAAGCUAUCGCCGACGACAAGAAAAAGUCCCAAGCGCUUCGAGCAUCUGCAAACUGCAAGAAAAUUUACGGUGUGGCUCGGCGCCUUAAGAGAGAACAUCAUGAACAUAAACUCGAAGAAGCCCUGGAGAAAUACCUCACUUGGCUCAAUGCUGAUCAAAAAGAGGAAGUAAAGAAGCUUUACGAAUCAGGAGACAAGCAAGCCAUGUACAAAAAAGUGAUGGAAUAUUUCGACAGUGCUAGUGGAGACGUAAAGGAGAAAGCCACUGUAGAACUGAAGGCAGCCUGUAGNGAAAGUGGAGCUAGUCAUGAAGCCAUCGCGGCCAAAGUUGAGGAAUUCAUUGCCGCCAUCAGCGAUGAGAAGAAAAAAGCACAAGCUGAGCGAAUGGCAGGCGCGUGCAAGAAGAUCUACGGUGUAGCCAGACGGCUCAAGAGGGAACACCACGAACACAACCUCGAAGAAGCUAUGGAAAAGUACCUCACCUGGCUCAAUGCUGACCAAAAAGAGGAAGUGAAGAAGCUUUACGACUCAGGAGACAAGCAUGCCAUGUAUAAAAAAGUAAUGGAAAUAUAUGACAGUGUAAGCGGUGAUGUGAAAGAGAAAGCUACCGUCGAGUUGAAAGCGGCCUGUAGACACUACAUCAAAGACUCAAUUGGUGAGGAGAAGGCUGAAAAAAUCAAGGAGAUGAAGGAGAGUGGGGCUAGUCAUGAAGCCAUUGCUGCUAAAAUUGAAGAAUUUAUUGCUGCCAUCACAGAUGAGAAGAAGAAAGCACAGGCAGAGCGAGCAUCAGUGGCAUGCAAGAAGAUAUACGGUGUGGCUCGACGCCUGAAGAGAGAGCAUCAUGAACACAAACUCGAAGAAGCUAUGGAAAAGUACCUCACCUGGCUCGAUGCCGACCAGAAGGAGGAGGUAAAAAAGCUCCACGAUUCAGGGGACAAGCAAGCUAUGUACAAAAAAGUGAUGGAAUAUUACGACAGCGCUAGCGGGGACGUUAAGGAGAAAGCCACAGCAGAACUCAAGGCAGCCUGUAGGCACUACGUCAAAGACUCCAUAGGCGAGGAGAAAGCUGAAAAACUGAAAGAGAUGAAGGAGAGUGGGGCUAGUCAUGAAGCCAUCGCUGCCAAAGUUGAAGAAUUCAUUGCUGCCAUCACCGACGAGAAGAAGAAAGCACAAGCAGAGCGAAUGGCUGGUGCUUGUAAGAAGAUCUAUGGUGUAGCCAGACGUCUCAAGAGGGAACACCACGAACACAACCUUGAAGAAGCUAUGGAGAAGUACCUCACUUGGCUCAAUGCCGACCAGAAGGAAGAGGUAAAAAAGCUUUACGAUUCAGGAGACAAGCAUGCCAUGUACAAAAAAGUAAUGGAAUAUUUCGACAGUGCUAGUGGAGACGUAAAGGAGAAAGCCACUGUAGAACUGAAGGCAGCCUGUAGGCACUACGUCACAGACUCCAUAGGCGAGGAGAAGGCAGCAAAAUUAAAAGAGAUGAAGGAAAGUGGAGCUAGCCAUGAAGCUAUCGCUGCUAAAGUCGAAGAAUUCAUCGCUGCCAUCACAGAUGAGAAGAAGAAAGCACAAGCAGAGCGAGUAUCAGUGGCAUGCAAGAAAAUCUACGGUGUGGCUCGACGCCUGAAGAGAGAGCAUCAUGAACACACACUUGAAGAAGCUUUGGAAAAGUACCUCACCUGGCUUAACGCUGACCAGAAGGAAGAGGUAAAGAAGCUCUACGAUUCAGGAGACAAGCAAGCCAUGUAUAAAAAAGUGAUGGAAAUCUACGAUGGUGUAAGUGGUGAUGUGAAGGAGAAAGCUACAGCAGAACUGAAGGCCGCUUGUAAGCACUACGUCAAAGAUUCCAUUGGUGAAGAGAAUGCUGAAAAACUAAAGGAGAUGAAGGAGAGCGGAGCCACCCCAGAAGCCAUCGCUGCCAAGGUUGACGAGUUCAUUGCCGCGAUCACCGACGAGAAGAAGAAGGCACAAGCAGAGCGAGCAUCAGUGGCAUGCAAAAAGAUCUAUGGCGUUGCGCGACGCUUUAGAAGAGAUCACCACGAACAUAACAUCGAAGAAGCUAUGGAAAAGUACCUAUCCUGGCUUCGAGAUGAUCAGAAAGCUGAGGUAAGGAAAAUUUAUGGGACGGGAGACCGUAUCGCCGUCGAACAGAAGGUGCUGGAGAUGUUUGAGAAUGCUAAAGGAGAUGACAAAGAAAAGGCAAGCGUCCAGCUGAAAGCAGCUUGCAAGCACUACAUCAAGGAGUACAUAGGGGAACAAAACGUUGCCACAAUUAAACAAAUGAAGGAUAGCGGAGCAACCAAUGAAGCGUUGUCAGCAAAAAUUGAUGAGUUUGUCGCUGCUAUAACUGAGAAAGAGAAAAGGGAAAAAGCAGAACGUGUAGCGUCAGCAUGUAAGAAAGUUUAUAAUGUAAAAAGUCGAAUGAGGAGAGAUAUGACAGAUGACUACGACCUGGAUAGUUUCUUCGAGAACCGCUUGAGAGCCCACCGUCACCUGGCUGCAAAGCGUCGACGACAUGCUCCUCGAGUUCAUUUCUUGGAUAUUUGA